UAAAGACGCUGGUUGGUAGUGGUUCUGGAUGGUAGCUAGUGGUGAUUAGUCGCGACCGCGAUUAUAGUUGAGGAUGGUGGUGGUGGGUGAUGAUAGUUAAUAAUGGUGGGUGGUGUUAGUAGUUGUGGUUGUGAUUAAGGAAGGUGAUGGUGGGUGGUGGUAGUUUAUAAUGGUGAGUGAUGCCGGCUAUGGUUGUUGAUAGUGAUGGGGGUGGUUGGUUGUGGUAGUUGAGGUAGGUGAGUAUGUGGUUGUGGUUGAGGAUGAUAGUGGUGGGGGUGGCGGGUGGUGGUAGUGGUGGCGGCUAUGGUUGAGGAUGGCGGUGGUAAUGGUUGAGUAUGAUGGUAGUGGUAGUUGAUAAUGGUAGGCGGUGGCGGCAUCUAGUAACAAAUAUGGAUGAUAGCAUCUUAAUGAAACUAAAUCUUUGUUAUACAUCUUAAUCAUACAGGCCUAUUCAGACUCAUUAAGUAGUUGUGAAUUAAGAAAAACAAACACACUUAAUGAUUAAAAUCUGAAUGAUUAAGAUUAAAAUUUUAAAAACAAAGACACUUAAUAUUUGGGCUCUGAACCAGUAAGAUUCAGACCUCUACUGCAUGAAAAUAAAUUAGGCCCAAGUCUUUUUCGUCUCUACCUUAAGAUAUGCAAGAAAAGUUACAACAGACAAGAGUUGCUCAUCUAAAAAACAGUUCCCACCAGCGCCUCUAAUGCUGCCACUUUUUCUUGCAUUUCUGCGUUGCCACCAGCCAUGUUCACGAACAACACUGUCUUUGUCAUGAAAUUCAGCCACUUAACGUCAUGAUUUUACAUACCAUUUAUCUACAAUCUCUCAUGCAUUUUGAGAACCAAAAUUGACCAUUCGAAAACACCAUUUUUCAUGACUUUCUUCGCUGAGACGAGGAAAUUGAAAAGAAGUGGUGCAUUAUUUGUCGUGACUCUAAUACUACCAUGUUAGAGGAGGAGGAAUAGUUGAGGAGAUAAGAGGAUUGUCGGAGAAGAGAAGAUCGAAGAGUAUAGAAGAGACAAGUUCUUCAACUUUUCUUAUUGCAAAUAGCCACUAGGACAAAGAGGGUUAUUUAUAGGUGUUAAAAGAGAAUUCUAGAACAAUUUUUAGAUAAAUUUUAUCACCUAGAAAAUACAAAGGAGAGUCUAGAGGUUUUUCUAGAUAAGAUUAUUCUAGGCUAAACUCAAACUUAACAGCUAGAAAAUUCUUAAUUACAAUAUUACAUUUACAACUAAUAUAUCGAUGACAUUCAGUUGACGAUAGAUUAUUAGUCUUUCUAUAUCAUAAAUAUUUGUAUAAUUAGCACUGUGGUAAAGAUCUUACAGUGGACAAAAUCAAGAAACCUUCCUACCAAAAUCUGUAACUGUGACUAUUAAUAAAAUUUAGUUUGUCAUUUCCAAACUGAGAAGAUCCCUCUUGUAUGAUCGACAAAUAUGUGCCACAAUUGAGUAUGAUGAAACUAAGAGGUAUGAUGAGGGAGAUAAUUAGCAUAAAAUCAAUCUAUAAUUUUGCAUUUUAUGAGAUUGUUAAUUUUCGACCUAAUUUAUGACCAAACGAUGUACCGGGUAAAACUAUAAAGAAUAUCUCAUCGAUCAUCAUAAAUAUGUUAAUAAUCCACUUUUUGCAUAUAACUAUUGCAACACUUUCAUCUUCUUUUUUAUUUAUAUUUUUUUUAAGUAUGGCUUCUUUCGAUAUUGAUUUCAUAUGCAGCACUUGAAGCAUGAGACAGCUAACAUGGCAAAGAAGAUAGAAAUCCUUGAAGUUUCCAAACGGUUAUAUAUUCUCUCCGCUUCUUCUUCAAACUAUUUGGAGUAUUUACUUAAAUUAAUGUUGAACUUAUUAAAUGCCUUAAUUAGGAAGCUGAUGGGCCAAGGCUUAGGGUCAUGUUCAAUGGAUGAACUACAAGAGAUUGACAGCAAGCUCGAGAGGAGCCUGGAAAACAUUAGGGCCAGAAAAGCUCAAUUAUUCAACGACGAAAUAGAAAGCCUAAAAGCCAGGGAGAGUCUAUUGCUCGAAGAAAAUAAAAAUUUACGUGAAAAGUGCCGCCUAAUGCCAACGCCAUCAGCACCACCACCACCACCACCAACUCAGCUGAAAGAAAGGGGAAACUGUAGCAAAAAUACUCAGAAUUUGGAGGUGGAGACUGAAUUGUUUAUCGGCCUUCCUGCAAUGCGCUGCUCAUAGCCGCUGGGACAAUUAAUGGGAUAUAUUUCGAUUUGCACAAUUGCAUACAUAUUUAGGGCUUUCCUCAGUAACAUAACAUAGAAUAAAUGGCUAGCAUUGCUCCAUUGUUUACACGCAUAAGGGCUUGCAAAUUCAACAAAUAAAACAUUCCAAUAGAGGCAAUCUUUUCCCCUUCUUUUUUUUUUUUUUUUUUGGGUUACCUUUUUGUUGUUUAGCAAGUGUAACUACAUUUCCCUGAACAACAGUCAUAUAGAGAAGUCUGAUUUGAGUUGCAUAUUUACAAUA